CUCAUGCCCGUCUAGCUUCCCGGUCUUCUUCUUCGACUUCUUGGUUCUUCCUCGGCUGCCGCCUGUUUGCCGAUAGAUUCUUUUCCAUUCUUGAGCUACCGCGAAUUCAAGGAAGACAUGGACGAGCAGUGGAUGAUCGGGCAGACUUCCCUCAGUCUUGGCCUCAACGUCGGCGGGCCUACGGUGCGGCGAGGUGCUCCUCCGGUGACCAAGGUCCUCGUGGAGGAGGACUUCAUGUCCUCCAGGAAAAAUCACGAGGUCGAAGCGCUGGAGGCCGAGCUCCGGCACGUGGGCGAGGAGAACGGGAGGCUCACCGACAUGCUCCGCGCGCUGGUAGCCAAGUACGCCGACCUGCAGGGCAAGGUCAGCGGCAUGAUGGCUGCGGCGGCCGCGGCCAACAGCCACCACCAGUCGUCGACGACAUCGGAGGGCGGAUCAUCGGCCUCGGCGACCAGAAAGCGCGCCCGCAGCGACAGCCUCGACACGGCCAGCCGCAACCUAUCGCCGCCGCUCGCCGCGGCCGGCAGCAGCGGCCGCUUCGCCGUCAGCGUCACCGUCGGCCCUGACCAGGCGGAGUGCACGUCCGUCCACGAGCCCUGCAAUAGCAAGCGCGUCCGCGCCGACGAGUGCAAGGCCAGCAGGGUCUCCAAGCUCUACGUCCACGCAGACCCCUCCGACCUCAGCCUCGUGGUGAAGGAUGGGUACCAAUGGCGGAAGUACGGGCAGAAGGUGACCAAGGACAACCCGUGUCCGAGGGCCUAUUUCCGGUGCUCGUUUGCGCCGUCGUGCCAUGUGAAGAAGAAGGUGCAGCGCAGCGCCGAGGACAAGGCCGUGCUUGUGGCCACGUACGACGGCGACCACAACCACGCACCGCCGCCCAAGCAACAAGGCUCGGGUGGCAGGAAGAGCGGCGACGCAGCCGCCGUACGCGUAUCAGCUGCGCCGGUGCUUGUCCAGCAGCAGCGGAAGCAAGAACCUUCGACGGCGGAGCAGGUGGACGAUAGGAUGAACCUGGUGGAGCAGAUGGCGGCGACGCUGACGAGGGACCCCGGGUUCAAGGCGGCACUCGUCUCCGCGCUCUCUAGUCGGAUCCCUGUUGCCUGACCGGAAAGCUGCCAGCACAGGAGAAUAUACUCUGGAAAACAUUUUUCAAGAUAGUUGUGCUGCUGGCCAGCCCGCCCGGGUUCGAGCCUCAGCUCUGACUCGCGGGGCAUGCGGAGUUUCUGCUAUAAAAAAAAGCCAACAAGGGUUAACCCUUGAGUUGGCCUCAUUUUUUUAA